AUAGAUAAUUGGGCAUUGCUCACUAUAACUCUGCAUUUUUCUACGUCCCUUGUGUUCAGUAGUUGGUAGGAAACAGGAAAAUAAUAAAAACCUAUAAGUGGGGUUCCUAACGUCAAAUUGUGAGUUUUCUAAUACGAAUUCAAUGUCUGUACAACAAAUUUUAGAGCUUGGAGUCUUUCAAAUUCCAUCUUCAUCUACUUUUCAUUGCUUCGUCUGCUUCGUUGAUAUAAUCAUAAAAUGACAUAUUCCCUUGGACGCAAAAAAAUUCAGCGAAUUGGAAAAGUCUUUUCCUUUACAAUUUUAUCUUUUACCAUCUAGGUCCUUGUUCUAAUUGACAUGUUUCCAAGGGAAUGGAAUCCCUCUGUCCUCAUCAGCAAAGCUUUGUUUAUUUACGUUUUGCAAGGUAUCGAUUACUUCGUAAACAUGCGGUAUACUUUUAUAAGGAAACGGAAGCUAAGCGUUAAAAAAGCUGAUAUCGGUCCCAUUAAGCACACGGUAGUUGUUACCAAUCCUGAAACAGGUGAAAAUCGUGGUUAUGGAUUUGUUACAUUUUCCAUGUUAGAAGAUGCAGAGCGCGCAAUUCAAGAAUUAAGAAACAAAAAAUUAAACGGAAGGAUUUUACGUAUGGACUAUGCUGCUCAUCGUAAGCGUGCCGGUCCUUCUGAGGAAAAAGAAAAGGAGUUGGAACAAGUAAGCAAUCGAAAGCCACAGGCUCCUCGACAAGACAAUCGUCCUCGAUUGAUUAUUCGCAAUCUUCCUUGGUCCAUAAAGAAACCAAAAGAUCUGGAACCUUAUUUUGAGAAAUUCGGAAAGAUUCGAGAAAUUCGAGUGCCGACAAAACCCGGAGGUCGUAUGUGUGGAUUCGCUUUUGUAUGGAUGCAAGAUCGUGAAGCUGCCCAAAAGGCCAUGGAUGCCGUUAACGGUACUAAGAUUGAUAACCGUCCCGUUGCUGUUGAUUGGGCUUUAAGUAAGAAUGCCUAUGAGUCUAAUGUAACAUCACACGAAGAAAGUGAUGAAAAAUCAAAAGAAAACAAUGAAAGUGAAGAAGAAGAAAUCAAAGAAGACAUUUUAAGUGACUCUGAUGCUCAUUCUUCUGUUGUACCUGAAAACAAUGAUGAAGAAGACUUGGAAAAGGAUGAUGCAGAGCAAUCUGAAGCGUCUCAAGAAGAAUUGUCUUCUGAGUCUGAUUCUGAAUCUGUGGAUAAAUCCGUUGAUCGAAAAGAAAACUUGGGAGACACAAUAUUUAUCCGUAAUAUUCUUUUUGAGUGUACUGAACAGCAGUUGUACCAGCAUUUUCGUCAAUUCGGGCCUUUGGCUUAUGCAAAGAUUGUCAGAGAUCCUGUUACUGAUAAAUCUUUAGGUAGAGCCUUUGUUAAGUUCCGCUAUCAAAAAGACUGCAAUGACUGUCUUGAAUUGGCUGCCCAAGUUCCAAAAACCGAUCCCACUGUUGCUGAACAGCGUCUUUUGCCCUCUGUAUUGGUGGAAGAAGAUAUCGAUUCGGAUAGCGUGGCGUCUCGUUUCUUGUUGAAUGGUCGUAUUCUUAACGUUACUAAGGCCGUUACAAGAGAAGAAGCUGGCGAUUUCACCCAAAAAAGCAUAGCCGAAAGGAAACAGAAGUUAGGAAAGGGAGUGGAUAGAAGACAUUUGUUUCUGUUGAACGAAGGUCGUAUUGGUACAGGACACCCUCUUUUCGAAAAACUGUCAGACACGGACAAAUCGAUGAGAUCUAUGUCUAUAAAUCAGCGUAAAAAACUGCUAGAAUCUAACCCUACCCUUCAUUUGUCUUUAAGCAGACUUUCAAUUCGAAACUUGUCUCGUCACAUCGACCACAAAAUGUUGGCCUUUUUAGGUCGUCAAGCCAUUCGUUGCUUUAAAGAAGAUGUUGAAAAGGGACUUCGUCAAGAACUUUCUGACGAAGAAAAAAGCCGCGACAAAGGUCAGUCUACGAAACGCGGUAAAAACGGAAGUGUUUUAAAACAAGCUAAGGUAGAACUCGAAAAGUCGGGUGCAGGCAGAUCUAAAGGCUAUGGUUUCUUAGAAUUUGUUUCUCACAAGUACGCACUUAUGGCCUUACGCUGGUUGAACGGUAGAGAAGUCACUGUUCGUAAGAUAAUUCAAGAAGAAAUUGAAUGGGCACGUUCUCAUAAGCUUCCUGAACCAGAGAUGCCUGUUAUGGACUUCAAUGAUCGGCCAAGAAGACUGAUUGUUGAGUUUGCCAUUGAAAAUAUAAAGGUAGUCAAGCGACGCCAAGAAAAAGAAACUACGUUCCGUGAAAAGGCAAAGCAAAUGCAAGCUAACAAAGAAGAAGAAGCUGAACAACUGAAGCGUAAACGAACAGAUUCCUCGGGGGAUGACGGUGAAAAGGAGAAGAAGGCUAAGGUUGCUCGGAUUAUUCAACAGAAACGCAUGAAAAGACGACAACGGAAACAUUGA